GCCAUCGCCAUGAACGAUCACCAAUUGCUGGUUGCCAAAAUUGUGGUUAUUGUGGUGCUGCUGUUGGUCACAUUAAUAUUCUGUUUCAUUCCCUACGUGCUGAAUCGUUGGUUUAAAUGGACCAGCAGGAAGGUGAGCGAUGCUCGAGAAUUUCUGGCCGUGCUUUGCCUGUUGAACUUUGGAGGUGGUGUCCUAAUUGCCACCACAUUCAUCCACAUGCUGCCGUUGGUUAUUAAUGUAGUGGAUGCGCUGCAACAUUGCCAAAUGCUGGUGAAAACACCAUUUGCUCUUCCCGAGAUGUUGAUGUGCACAGGAUUCUUUCUCAUGUAUGGAAUUGAGGAGCUCAUGUACUUUGUAAUUGGACGACAGCAGCGAAAAAAGCAGCAGAUACUGAAGCAGGCAAUGGAACUGGGAGCAGAGGAAGAGGGGGAGAAGAAGGAGCUGCAGGAUGUGAAGGAACCGGAGCAACCCAACUGGAUGCGAGGUCUGGGCAUUAUUGUGGCUCUAUCCCUGCACGAACUCUUUGGCGGCAUGGCCAUUGGUCUGGAGGGCAGUGUGGACACGGUUUGGUUUAUGUGUGGUGCAAUUGCGGCUCAUAAACUGGUUUUGGCCUUCUGCAUUGGCAUGGAAAUUAUGAUGGCCCACACACGUUGGCUAAUUGCCGUCAUCUAUCUGGUUGUCUUCUCCAUUGUAACGCCCAUUGGCGUUGGCAUUGGAAUUGCGGUCAGUGAGACUUCCAGUGCGAAUCAACCCAGCAUUCCAGCAGGUAUUCUACAGGGUAUUGCCUGCGGCACUUUGCUUUAUGUGGUCUACUAUGAGAUUGUGGCCAAGAAUCAUGCUGGCUGGCGUAUUUUCCUAUGCUCUCUGGGCGGUUUUCUCCUCAUGUUUGGCUUGCAAAUCGCAGUGGUCGAAGCAAGUGGAAAAAGCUCCUAUGAGUGCCCCAACACUCAGCUGAAAACGGCAGCAUAAUUUAAAGUCUUGUAUUCGAAUUGAACAAAAUUAUUUUUUUGUUUUUAGCAAUUUA